AUGGCACCGACAACCCCAUCAUCGGCGCUGAAUGGCGUCGUCAUCGGAUUGCUGUCGUCCUUUGGCUCCGCCGUGCUUAUCGCCGUCAUCUUCCUCAUCAUCUACUUCUUCAGGUACACGGCUAGCGGCCGCAUCUUCCUCGAUCGCAUCGGACGACCCGGCGAGUACGACGAUGAGCAGGCAUUCGCCAGGGAGGAGGCCGAGGCUCUCGAGUCCAUGGAUGACAUGCAGAGGACCGAGUACCUCAGGGCAAAAGGUAGGCCUACGCUCCGUCGACACUACCGCGAUAGCCCGCAGAUUACUGACCUCAGUGCAGCAUUCAUCCAAGCGAACCCGCCCGAGUCCGUCCAGACCGAUAUUUCCCUGUCACAAUACCUCGCCAUCCAAGAAAAGGGUGUCUCGGCGUGGGAGUUCGAACCCGAAUUGGAAAUCGCCAACUGCUUUGUCGAAGGUCGCACCGAGAUUGAGUUCUUCGACUCCGAAUGCACCGUCAUGAGCAACCUGCCCGUGCCCAAGCAAAACGAGGUCUACUACUGGGAGGCAAAGAUCUACGAUAAGCCCGAAAACACGUUGAUCAGCAUUGGCAUGGCCACCAAGCCGUACCCGUUGUUCAGACUACCCGCCUAUCUGUCCGCGGGCCUGCGCCGUUGUAACCAGCCCUUCACGGCGACCCCCUACGGCCCUCCGUAUGUGCAGGGCGAUGUGAUUGGCGUGGGCUAUCGUCCUCGGACCGGCACCAUCUUCUUCACCCGCAACGGCAAGAAGCUGGAGGAUGUCAUCCACGGAGUCAAGUCGCAAAACUUCUUCCCCGCCGUCGGCGCCAACGGGCCUUGCAUCGUGCACGUCAACUUUGGCCAGGCCGGCUUUGUCUUCAUCGAGGCCAACGUCAAGAAGUGGGGACUCGCCCCGAUGACCGGCAGCCUCGCACCGCCGCCGCCGUACGGCUCCGAGCAGGGCGAUAUCCUCCUCGAGGCCGGGCGUAAAGACGGAUACACGGGGGGCGGGCAGCAGCGAGCACCCUCGCAGACCCAGUCAUACUCACAAGCUGGCCUGGGACCUCAGCAUGGGCGGACAAGAAGCGGAAACUUCAGAGUACUACCACCGAGGAGCCCCGGUCCCGUAAGAAGCCCAACUGACAUCUCCCUGACGCACUUCGUGCCCGACGACGAGGGCGGCGAGCCAAGCAGCAGCAGCAGCAGCAAUCGCAGGCACGAAGGGGAAAGCGUCGUAGGGCUUGGGCUUCAAGACGCCUUGAAUCCUCCACCCGAGUACACGAGCCCCGACCACUCGGAGGCCGGCAGCCGCCGGAACAGCACGGACAGCGAGAACACGCCACUGAUCCGGGUUCUCAACCGCAGUCGGGGCGCCUCUGCGGCCGGCGGCGGCGGACCUUCGCACCCGCCGAUACCCAGCUAUACCGACGCAGUGCGAGCCGGCGCCGGGCGGGAGGGGAACAGCACUCCACGGCCUAACCGACACGGCAACCGGUCGAGGUCGCAGAGCGCACAAUGA